AUGACUCGUCUGUUAUUUGCGGCUAAGAGUACCAUCCGACAUCAGUGGAAUCAGUGGCCAUUAAUAUCCCUGGUCAAAAAUUUCUUCAGUUACUCAAAUGAAAUUGCACAUCCCCUUGCUAGGAAACCUCCCAAUGUGGCACCUAAGGAAGCUGUGAAAUGCAUCAAAUCAGGUGAUGUGGUAUUUUGCCAAGGAGCAGCUGCAACUCCCAAUGUCCUCAUCAGUGCCAUGGUGGAGCAUGCCAAAGAAAAUUGCCUCAAGGAUAUAACCGUUUGCCAUAUGCAUACCGAAGGUCCUGCCGUAUAUUGCACCCCCGAAUAUAGUGAAAUAUUCCGUUCCAGCUCCUUCUUCAUGGGUGGAAAUGUUCGCCAGGCUGUGGCUGAGGGGCGUGGUGAUAAUUAUGCCAUAUUCCUUCAUGAAAUUCCGCUACUAUUUUAUAAGAAAAUUGUCCAGCCCGAUGUGGCCUUGAUACAUGUCUCACCACCAGAUAGGCAUGGUUUUGCGUCGCUGGGUACAAGUGUGGAUUGUGUAAGGGCGGCGCUGUUGAACUCGAAGAAAAUCAUCGCCCAAGUAAAUAAACAAAUGCCCCGGACUUAUGGUGAUGCAUGCAUACAUUCCUCACAUUUCGAUUUUAUGACUGAAGUGGAUGUCAAGCUACCACAACAUGGUGGAAAACCAGGUGAAAAGGAAAUGGCAAUUGGUAAGCUGGUGGCUGAAAAUUUGGUAUGUGAUGGAGCCACACUGCAAAUGGGUAUUGGCGUUAUACCUGAUGCUGUGCUGAAUGCUUUACAUAAUCACAAGGAUCUAGGUAUUCAUUCGGAAAUGUUUGCCAAUGGUGUUGUGGAUUUGGUCAAAGCUGGUGCAGUCACUAAUCGUUAUAAGAAAAUGCAUCAAGGUCGUAUUAUUGGAUCCUUUCUAAUCGGCAAUGAGGCUCUAUAUGAUUUUGUCGAUGAUAACACCUCCAUUGAAAUGUAUGCCAUCGAUUAUGUGAACAGUGUCAGUGUGAUCAAGCAAUUACCGCGGAUGACUGCCAUUAAUUCUGCUAUAGAAGUGGAUCUGACCGGCCAGGUAUGUGCAGAUUCGAUUGGUACGAGAUUUUAUUCAGGAUUUGGUGGUCAAGUUGAUUUUAUACGUGGCGCUGCUGAGGGUAUUGAUGGCAAGGGUGUACCUAUUAUUGCCCUGCCCUCGGUUACCAAUAAGGGUGAGAGUAAAAUUGUGCCGACCCUUAAGCCUGGUGCUGGUGUGGUCACUUCGAGAGCUCAUGUCCAUUAUGUGGUUACGGAACAUGGAAUUGCUUCGCUGUUUGGUAAAAAUAUGCGUCAACGUGCCUAUGAAUUGAUACAAGUUGCCCAUCCCGAUCAUCGUGAGAAACUGGAAAAGGCCGCAUGUGACCGUUUAAAGGUUAUGCCUUCGAAGUGUUGA